AUGCCGUCUAAAGAUGAAAAGUAUACGGAUCCUGAGCUGAGGAACGAAGUCAAAGAAGAGAUUCAGGCGAGUGACAAGGGCGGUGCGCCAGGUCAAUGGUCGGCACGGAAGGCUCAGAUGAUGGCUUCCGAAUACAAGAAGCGCGGAGGCGGAUACACUACCGACAAAAAAGACGAGAAGGCGCAGCAUCUCGACAAUUGGACGGAGGAGGAUUGGCAGACCAAGGAAGGCGGUGGCAAGGCCAAACAGGAGGACGGCACCGAAACGCGAUAUCUCCCGAAGAAGGCGUGGGAGCAAAUGAGCGAAGCGGAGAAGGAGGAAACGGACCAGAAGAAACAGCAAGGAAGCAAAGAGGGCAACCAGUAUGUUGCGAAUACAUCAAAAGCUAAAAGUGCGAGGAAACACGCGAGUAAAGAUACGGAGAAUGCAAAUGGAAAGCCCAACAUGAAGGACGCACAGAGCUGCACUCAUCACUGGGAAGACGAAGAACAUUUGAAGAACGGCCAGAAAGCAUAUCAAGAGUUUAAAGAACAGAACAAGAAGGACGGGGCUGCAUCGGUGGAGGCCCAGUCCGAUUCGGGGUCUGCGCACAGUGAUGACCAGGAGCAUCCGACACCCAAGAAACGCGGACGCGGAGCGAAUGCAUCAGGGUCCAAUAAGAAACAGAAGACGAGCGGUGGUUCCGACGAACGCAACGGCUCUGCGGGGGACAAGAAUCCUGCGGGAGACAAGAAUCGCGUACCCCAAGUUGGACAGAAAGUGCAGUGGAAAGCUCUACCAGGUUAUGUGGACGGAGAGGUUGUAGAAGUUGCGUACGAAGAGAAGACCGUCGAGGGGAAGGCGGUCAAGGCAAGCAAGGAGGACCCACGCAUCGUGCUCAAGAGCAGUUCGUCCGGCAAGAUAGCCGUACACAAGCCGGAAGCUGUCUAUUUCAACUAG